AUGACGACGACGAUCGCGUCCGCCGUCGUCCGGCCGCGUCCCCUACCUUCCUUCCGCGCGCGCGUCGCCCCCGCGCCCGCGCGCCGCGACGACCGCGCGAGAGGCGACGUCCGCGCGCGUCGACACGCGCGCCGCGCCAGCCUCGGGUCGCGCCAGCCGCACUACGACGGCGAGCGCGCGCCUUUCGACGACGACGACGACGACCGCCCCCUGUGGUUCGACGACGCGUCGUCGACGUGGCGCCGCCGCGACGACCUCGACGAAUCAGACGCGACGAUCGCGCGCGCGCUCGGCGGCGACGGCGCCGCGUGGACGCGCGCGGUCGUCGAGUCCGCGCACCUCGCCGAGGUUCCCGACGACGACGCGCUCGACGCCGCCGCCGCGGCGAACGUCCGCGUCGCGGGCGGUGAGGCGGAGCGACGCGCGCGCGUGCUGACGGUGACGUUUCGCACGCUCGACGGCGACGCGCGCGUGCUCCCGAUACUCGCGUGCGCGCCCGUGGAGGAGGAGGAGGAGGAGGAGGAGGACGACGACGACGACGACGACGACGGCGGCGGCCAAAACCCCAACCCCCGACGCCGCCGCGACGACCGCGGCGACGACGACGAGCUCGCGCAGGACGACGACUACAACGACGCGUACCUCAAGGUCGUCGACCCCGGUCUGAUCCGCUUCACCCCGAGAGAUCGACGCGAGCGGUGGAAGAGAGCGGUGAAGAAGGGCGCUGAAGACGUUCGGGCCGCCGCCGCCGCGGACGACGUCGACGCCUCCGCCGACGGCGCUUCCACGCGCGACGCGCUGACGCUGUGCUAUCGCUACCUGAAGAACUGCCUGACGCAGACGUCGCACGUCGCCGCGGGCAGGCGCGCGCGGUACCGCGACAGGGACGUGAAACGUCGCGUCGGUUCGGGUUCUCCUCGCGGGGACUUUGGCGAGCGCGGCGGUCUCACGGGCCUUCCCGCGCGAUACAUGUCGUCCCCGAUCGACAUCCCGGGGAGACGCCGCCGCGGCGGCGGCGGCGCCGGACUCGGCUUUCACGAGCGACGACACCGCGGAGUGCUGCUCGAUGGCCCCGUCGACGACGUCUUCGACGCGUGGCAACUCGCGAACGACCCGCGCCCUUCGUACGGCAGACCCGCGGACGUCGCGCCGUGGCUUCGAAACGCGUUUCGGGACGACGUCGAGACGUUGAACGCGUGCCUCCACGACGUGACGUGCUCGAACGCGGUCGUGUUCGCGCACGAGGCGCUCCCGCCGCUGCGCGCGCUCGACGUCGAGCCCGAGGAGGUGGAGGAGCUCCUGUCGCAGAUCGAAGCGGACGCGGCGGCGGCGUGCGUGAAAAUCACAUCCGGAUCCGGACCGGCGCUCUACCGCGCGCGGUUGCACGGCGCGCGACGUGCGCGCGGCGGGGCGAGGGAAGGCUUCGAGGGCGCGGUCGAGCGCGUGCGCGAGAUCGAGCUGGACCUCGACGACGCGUGGCCGCGGCCGCCCAAGUCUCGGCCCCGGCCCUCGUCCUCCUCCUCGUCCUCGUUCUCCGCCGACAGCCGCCGCCGCCGCCGCCGCCGCCGCCGUCGGGGGCUCGAGGACGUCGUCGCGAUAUGCGCCGCGAUGAAGCGCGGCGUCCCGAUAUACAUCGCGUCCGACGUCGUCGACGCGCGCAGCUUCAGCGCGAACGGGUACCGGUCGUCGUUCCACGGCGGCCGCGUCGGCGUCGCGCGCCGCGCGAGGCGCGCGUCCGCGCCGGGGUCAUCAGCCGCGCCGGGGCGGGAAAGACACGACGACGACGCGACGUUCGGAUUCCGCUCGCCGCUGACCGGGUACAGCUACUACACCCCGGCGAACGCGGACGAGCACGACCCGGACGUCUUCUCCGAGUUCGUGAGGUUCUUCGUCCUCGAGUGCGAGAAGCCGUUCGGGACGUCCCCUUUUAUCGUCGAGUUCGGCGCCUCCGGCGCGGUCGGAAACAUCCGCCGCGCCGGCGCCGGCGGUCGAUCGGUCUCCCCGCCCGGGAUCCUCAGGUGCGUUCUAAGUUACUGUAUACAAAAGUUUUUCACCCACCGCUCGGUUUCAACAUUUGAUCGCGUCCCUUUUCAACUGACCGGUGAACUUUUUUUGUAUAAAACGACCCUCAGCCGCGCGCUCCUGGUCGGCCCGAUCGCGUUCUUCCUCCUCGUGUCGCACCUGUGGCGCGAGUGGCAGCGGCGCUGGCACGGGUUCGCGUCCGGCGGGCCGUCGCUCGGCGCUCAGACGGGGAAGCACGGCGCCGCGGCGGCGCGCGCCGCCGCCAGAGCGCGGUCGCCGUUGCUCGACCGCCGCGUCCUCGACCCCGCCGUCGCCGACGUCGCGCGUCUGCACGUCGCGCUGUUCCGGCGCGCGCUGAUCGAGCGCGCGCGCGACGACCCGACGAACGCGCACGCGCUGAUCGCAGACGCGCUCGGCGAGGAGGGCGCGAAGCGCGUCGACGCCGACGCCGGGGAAGUCUUCCGGCGGCUUCGCGCGCACGUCGUCGCGGAAGCCGACGGCGGCGGCGGCGGUGCGUCCGUUUCCGCGUCCGCGUCCGCGUCCGAGUCCGCGCGCGUGAUCGCCGUGAUCAAGCGCGACAUCGAUCGCGCCGUGUGCACGCCCGCGCAACUGCAGGGGAUGCGCGUGGAGGACGCGCCGUCGAGCGCGAUCGAGGCGUCGGCGACGACGGCGAUCGAGGAGCGGUGGAUCGAGCACGGCGACGCGGCGAGGAGACUCGGCGAGAUGAACGCGCGUCUGUUCGACCACGCGUUCGUGUUCUCUGAGGAGAAUUGGGGGGUCGCGGAGGAGGAGGUGGUGGAGGAGGAGGAGGAGGGGCAGGGCGACGACGAGGACGCGCGCGGCGCGGGGGUGGACGACGCUCGCGGUGAGAUGGGGGCGCUGCCAAAUGCGAUGAUGACUUCCUGUCAUGAUGAUCGAACCACGAAUGAGCGUUUUUUCGUCUCCCGUGCCGCGACGUUGCGGCUCCGCGCGCACUUCCACGGACGCACGACGCACGCGGCGCGCGCCAUUCACUUCACCCCCAGUAUCGUCAAAGAAACUCGCGCAUCAUGUCGCAAAUGGUCGGGCGUCGCGCCGCGCGUCGCGCGUCGCGAGUCGCACGCUCGCCUCCCGCGUGAAAACGAACGAAUGAAUGCGUUCCGUCCGUCUCUUCUCAGAACCAAUCCAUCCGUCGUCUCGCGCCGCCGCUCACUCCUUCUUAACGCUGAUGUGAUGACCCUACGCGUAGACCAAGAUCAUGCAGAAGCGCCAGGAGGCCAUGGAGGAGGCCUACGCCGCGCAGGUUCGUCGCGGUGGACGGAAGUUCGCGCGCGGCCCUCGACGCCCGCGUCGCGUCCCCGCCCGCCUCGUGACCACGACGCUUUCCUCCCGUCGAUCGACCGCUCACCUCCCGCCUCCGUCCUCGUCGAUCGAUCGCAGUGGGACGACGGCAAGGGCUCGCACCACCCCGAUUACGACCCGACGGCGAAGGGCCCGAACGUCGAGAAAGCCAGCAGAGAGACCGAGGAGCUCCUCGCGGCGAUCGUCAAGAACGACAUCCGGCUCAUCUACAAGAAGAUCGAAGAGGGCGCGGACGUCAACUUCGUCUUCGGCUCGGCGUACGGAAGCAAGAACGGGUACACGCCUCUCAUGUCCGCCGCGCACCGCGGCCGCCUCGAGGCGUCGCGCGCGCUGCUUCGCUCGGGCGCGGAUCCCAAUUUCAUGAACAGAAACGGCGACCUGACGCUCUUCUGGGCCGUCGACGGCGGCGUGGAGAUCAUCAAACUCUUCGUGGACUACGGCGUCGACUUAGACGCGCGGACCGCGAAGGACUGGACCGCGCUGUCGUACGCGCGCGCCGCGGGGAAGUACGGCCUCGUGGACGAGAAGGGCAUCUACCCCGAGGACGUGCUGCGGUAUUACGGCGCGACGGAGUACGGGUCCGAGCCGGAGGCGUUGGGGGUUCGAUCCCCGCGGGAAUCGUUCAACCCCGGCGGCGAGGACUUCUCGCGCGAUCGCGGGAGCUACCAGCGCGAGCCCGAGCACCCGUGA